UAUUACAGACACUUGGCACCUGAUCACUUGCUUCAAAUAUGCCAUCGACUUGGACCGCUUCUAGAGCAAGAAAUUCCUCAAAGUGUCCCUGGAGUGCAGACAUUAUUAGGAGCUGGCAGACAGUCUUUGCUUCGUACAAACAAAAGUUGCAAACAUGUUGUAUGGAAGGGAUCUGCUCUUGCUGCUCUACAUUGUGGGAGGCCUCCAGAGUCCCCUGUAAAUUAUGGCAGUCCACCUAGUAUAGUGGAUACCCUGUUUUCAAGAAAACUAAAUGGAAAGUACAGACUUGAACGCCUCGUUCCAACUGCAGUCUAUCAACACAUGAAGAUGCACAAACGAAUUUUAGGACACUUAUCUUCUGUAUACUGUGUAACUUUUGAUCGGACUGGCAGGCGAAUAUUUACUGGAUCAGAUGAUUGCCUUGUAAAAAUCUGGGCAACAGAUGAUGGAAGGUUGUUGGCUACCCUGAGAGGGCAUGCAGCUGAAAUAUCUGAUAUGGCAGUGAACUAUGAAAACACCAUGAUAGCUGCUGGAAGCUGUGAUAAAAUGAUCAGAGUUUGGUGCCUUCGAACUUGUGCACCCUUAGCAGUUCUGCAGGGCCACAGUGCAUCUAUAACAUCAUUGCAGUUCUCUCCACUGUGCAGUGGCUCAAAGAGAUACUUAUCUUCAACCGGGGCAGAUGGAACAAUAUGCUUUUGGCUGUGGGAUGCUGGCACCCUUAAAAUAAAUCCAAGGCCAACAAAGUUUACAGAACGCCCUCGGCCCGGAGUCCAAAUGAUCUGUUCUUCUUUCAGUGCUGGUGGAAUGUUUUUGGCCACUGGCAGUACAGAUCACAUCAUUAGGGUUUAUUUCUUUGGAUCAGGUCAGCCAGAGAAGAUAUCAGAGUUGGAGUUUCAUACUGACAAAGUUGACAGCAUUCAGUUUUCUAAUAGUAGUAGCAGAUUUGUGAGUGGAAGCCGUGAUGGAACAGCACGAAUCUGGCAAUUCAAACGAAGGGAAUGGAAAAGCAUUUUGUUAGAUAUGGCUACUCGCCCAGCAGGACAAAGUUUACAAGGAGUUGAAGAUAAAAUCACAAAGCUGAAAGUGACCAUGGUGGCAUGGGACCGCCAUGACAACUCUGUUAUAACUGCAGUAAAUAACAUGACUCUGAAAGUUUGGAAUUCUUUCACUGGCCAGCUCAUUCAUAUUCUCAUGGGACAUGAAGAUGAAGUGUUUGUACUUGAACCUCAUCCAUUUGAUCCAAGAGUUCUCUUCUCUGCUGGACAUGAUGGAAAUGUCAUAGUUUGGGAUUUGGCAAGAGGGGUCAAAAUCCGGUCUUACUUCAACAUGAUUGAAGGACAAGGACAUGGUGCAGUUUUUGACUGCAAGUGCUCUCCUGACGGACAGCAUUUUGCAUGUACUGAUUCUCACGGUCACCUUCUGAUUUUUGGCUUUGGUUCCAGUAGCAAAUAUGACAAGAUAGCAGAUCAGAUGUUCUUUCAUAGUGAUUAUCGGCCCCUUAUCCGUGAUGCCAACAACUUUGUCCUGGAUGAACAGACACAGCAGGCUCCACACCUUAUGCCUCCCCCAUUUUUGGUUGAUGUGGAUGGCAACCCUCAUCCUGCAAGGUAUCAAAGGCUAGUUCCUGGUCGUGAGAACUGCAGGGAGGAACAGCUUAUUCCUCAGAUGGGAGUGACAUCUUCAGGAUUGAAUCAAGUUCUUAGUCAACAGGCAAAUCAAGAAGUUAGUCCGUUGGAUAGCAUGAUUCAAAGACUUCAGCAAGAGCAAGACCAGAGGCGUUCUGGGGAGGCAGGAACCAGUAGUACCAGCCGGAUAAGCAGAGGAUCUGUAAGUUCUACCUCAGAAGUACAUUCACCACCAAAUAUAGGAUUAAGACGUAGUGGACAAAUUGAAGGUGUGCGUCAGAUGCAUAGCAAUGCACCAAGAAGUGAAAUAGCCACUGAGCGGGACCUUGUGGCUUGGAGUCGAAGGGUUGUAGUGCCUGAACUGUCUUCUGGUGUGGCCAGUAGGCAGGAAGAAUGGAGAACAGCAAAGGGAGAAGAAGAAGUAAGGGUGUAUCGAUCAGAAGAGAAAAGAAAACAUGUUACGAGUCACAUUCAAAGAGAAAACAAAAUACCUACUUUCUCUAAGAACCAUUCUCAUGAUCAUUUACUAGACACUAGUGACUCGAGAAAACAGCAAGCUAAUCAGCAUAACUACCGUACAAGAUACGCAGUAGAAGAAACUGCAAGGCCUGCUGAAGAGUUAGAAAAUGGGCACAGUUCCUCAGAUGAAGGAGAAGUAGUUGUUGCCAGUGGUGGAACAUCAGAAGAUGAUGAAAGAGCAUGGCACAGUGAUGGCAGUUCUAGUGACUACUCCAGUGAUUAUUCUGACUGGACAGCAGAUGCAGGAAUCAAUCUGCAACCACCAAAGAAAAUUCCUAAAAUUAAAACAAAGAAAGCAGGAAGUAGUUCAGAGGAUGAGGAAGGACCUGAAAAACAAAAGAAGCAAAUUAAAAAGGAAAGGAAAAAAGGCAUUGAGGAGAAAGAUGGACCAUCAACAUCACCAAAGAAGAGGAAACCCAAAGAGAGAAAACAAAAGAGGCUGGCUGUAGGAGUUCUGACAGAAAAUGGUUUGACACUGGAAGAAUGGCUGCCUUCAGCAUGGAUUACAGACACUGUUCCUCGUCGGUGCCCGUUUGUGCCACAGAUGGGGGAUGAGGUAUUGUAA